GCGGUGGUGCUGCAGUGUGGGGCCGACUCGCUCUCUGGAGACCGUCUGGGCUGCUUCAACCUGUCCAUCCGUGGUCACGCCCGCUGUGUGGAGUACAUGAAGUCGUUCAACCUGCCCAUGCUGAUGCUGGGGGGCGGGGGCUACACCAUCAGGAACGUGGCCCGCUGCUGGACCUACGAGACGGCCGUCGCCCUGGAUACCGAGAUCCCCGACGAACUCCCGUACAACGACUACUUUGAGUACUUCGGACCUGACUUCAAGCUGCACAUCAGCCCGUCCAACAUGACCAACCAGAACACGACCGAGUACACGGACAAGAUCAAGCAGCGGUUGUUUGAGAACCUGCGGAUGCUGCCGCACGCGCCGGGCGUCCAGAUGCAGGCGGUGCCAGAGGACGCCAUCCCCGACGACAUCGUGGACGAGGACGCAGACGACCCCGACACGCGCGUCUCCAUCCGCGCCUCAGACAAAAGGAUCGUGUGUGACGAGGAGUUCUCCGACUCUGAGGACGAGGGAGAGGGAGGAGCUAGGAGGAACGCAGCCAAUCACAAGAAGGGAGCCAAGCGACCCCGAGUGGAGGAGGAGCUGGAGGACAAGAAACCCGACGUCAUGGAGGAGGACCAAACGAAAGAAGCUACUGAUGAGAAGAUGGACACCAAGAGUGUGAAGACUGAGCCGGCCAGCACUGCCUGAUUUUUGGAGACUUUUAUUUUGAAAGUCCCUCCUUACGCCCACUGCUGUCGGAGCUCCGCCCACUACAGAUCUGAAGCAUGAUAUUUAUUAUUGAAGUAAAUGGUUUGCUCCAACACUCCCUAAUAUGUCCCAAUACUCAGGGUCAAAGGUGACAUAUUAUACCACCAGGUGUGAGUAGGAUUAGCUGUUACAAGGCGUUUUGAAUACCUGCCUCUUCUGACAUCACAAGUGGGUGAGUCCAUCUAGUGUGCUGGCCACGCCCACUUGUGAUGUCAGAAGAGGCAGGUUUUCAAAACUGCUAAUCACACUCUCGGUAUAAUGUUGGUAUAAUAUGUCGCCUUUAAAUAUUUCUCUUCCUUUUCUGGAAAAUAAAUGUAUGGGUUUUUUUUAGAGUAAAAAUGAUCACGUAGUUGAAAUGUGCAACAGCCCUGUAAUUUGAUGAUAACGUUGAUAUUUAGCAUUUAAUAAUAAAAGAUUUGAUAAUA